CGGACAUUCGCGGUUCGUGCACAUCACUCGUUCAUAGCUGCUCAAUCACCAACCGGAUCCACGUGGAUACCACAACUGUCAAGCGAUAACACCGCUACUAUAAUCUUGGAAACGUAACAUGGAUCCCGACGGUUUCAAGGAUUUCGCCAAGGAAAUGGCGGAAUAUAUUGUUAAUUAUCUGGAGAAUAUCAGGGACAGGAAAGUAUUACCAACAGUGGAACCAGGUUACAUGAAGCCUCUCUUGCCAGCUGAGGCUCCACAAACUCCAGAAAGUUGGAAAGAUAUAAUGGCAGACAUUGAAAGAGUAAUCAUGCCAGGAGUAACUCAUUGGCAUAGUCCAAAAUUCCACGCCUAUUUUCCUACAGCUCAAUCGUACCCAGCAAUUGUUGCUGAUAUGCUUAGCGGUGCUAUCGCUUGCAUUGGAUUCACUUGGAUCGCGAGCCCUGCUUGUACAGAAUUGGAAGUGAUAAUGCUGGACUGGUUGGGAAAAAUGUUAGAUUUACCUAACGAGUUUCUAGCUUGCAGCGGUGGAAAAGGAGGUGGUGUUAUACAGGGAACUGCAAGUGAAGCAACUUUAGUAGCACUUCUCGGUGCCAAGGCUAGAAAAAUAAGGCAGGUCAAGGAACAACAUCCUGAAUGGACAGACAACGAAAUAGUGGGAAAACUAGUCGCUUAUAGUUCCUGUCAGGCUCACAGUUCUGUAGAACGAGCUGGCCUUCUAGGAGGCGUGAAAUUUCGAUCCUUAGAAGUUGAUUCUAAAUACAAACUUCGUGGUGAAACACUCGCAGAAGCGAUUCGGAAGGACAGAGAACAAGGAUCAAUUCCAUUCUACGCUGUUGCAACGUUAGGGACAACUUGCUCCUGUGCAUUCGAUCGCCUUGAUGAAAUGGGGGUUGUUGCAAAUCGCGAGAAUAUUUGGUUGCACGUGGAUGCUGCUUAUGCUGGUUCCGCUUUUAUUUGCCCGGAAUUUCGACAUUUAAUGAAUGGUAUUCAGUUAGCUGACUCUUUCAAUUUCAAUCCACACAAAUGGAUGUUGGUGAACUUUGAUUGUUCAACCAUGUGGUUAAAAGAUCCGACUUAUGUUAUUAAUGCAUUCAACGUUGACCCGUUGUACCUGAAACAUGACAUGCAAGGAUCUGCCCCAGAUUAUAGGCAUUGGCAAAUUCCAUUGGGACGUAGAUUUAGAGCGUUGAAAUUGUGGUUCGUUUUGAGAAUUUAUGGGGUAGAGAAUCUCCAACAAUAUAUCAGGACUCACGUCGCCCAGGCUCAUGAAUUCGAGGCACUGGUCCUUUCAGACCCACGAUUCGAGAUUGUGGCUGAAGUGGUAUUAGGACUCGUCUGCUUCCGGUUGAAGGGAUCGAACGACCUGAACGAGAAUCUGUUAAAGAAAAUCAACGCUACUAAAAACAUUCAUCUUGUGCCAUCCAAAAUAAAUGAUACGUAUUUCCUGCGGUUUGCAAUUUGCUCACGAUUUAGCGAGAGCAAGGAUAUCCAGAAUUCCUGGAAGGAAAUAAAACUCAGGGCUGAUGAAGUCCUCGAGGAGCAAUCGGUUUCUAAGUGAUGGCGGGCUCAGAUAGCUCGUGGUUGCAGAUCCUUGGCACCUGCAACCUGCAAUCAAUCUUAGCUUUUAGUUCUUUUCUUGUCUUAAGUAGACCUGGAAGAACCAGUGGAUGAUUUAAAUGUGCUGAUCUGUCUUACGUAUUUCACAAUUUUAAAUUAAUUACAAAAUUUAUACACUACUUACUUUUUAUGUUUAUAACAGGUAAGGAAAUUUUAAUUUAUUAAAAAUAUUUUUUUGCGCUACGACAUUAUAGCAAAUAUAGUUAGUGUCAAAGAAUUAUUUAAAGAAUCUGAUUACUGAAAAAUCUAAACAUUUUUCAGAGCUUGUAAAAUUAAUUUAUAUGGAUGUAUUAACCCUCGAACGACUGUUACCAGGUCACUCAUGAUCCAUUCCUAAGAAUGCGUGAAUUAGAAUUAGAAACAUUUCAAACGAAAGACUUUCAAACAUUGGAAAAAUGCUAAUUAAAAAGAUAGUAUAACGUUUAAAAAGUAACAAUUUCAAACGAAUUUAAAUUCUAAAUUAUGCUUUGGGUGGGAGAAGACCUGAUAUGUUAUUUGAGGAUUAAUCAGUACCAGAUUCUCAAAUAAAAAUUAUUUAUUAGGUAAUUAGUAAGAUUUGGAAAUACGCUGGACAUGUCCCGUGUGUACGUAAAAUGCCAAAGAUCGUUCUUCAGAUGCCGUUUUACGCAAAGAAGCACAUAACUCGGCGUAAACGCAGUAUUACUGUCACCUUGUGCUACUUUUUCCGAUAGCUAGCCAACGUUCUUCAGAUCCUUUAAAUCGCUUUCUUCCAUCGUUGAACGACACUUACACUGUGCAUCUUUUGCAACACUGUUACAUAGUUGUUGGCACACGUGCAACUUGUAAAAAUAUUGUUGGGUUUUCUAUCAAAGAAACAGAAUCUUAUCUUGUAUAAAUUGAAUAAGUUAAUAAUAUAAAUCCAAUAUAAUUUUUGCAUUUGCUUGAUAAAUUAUGAAAAAUACAUGGUGUUAUACAGGGUGUUCCACACUUUUCUGAUUAAAAGUCAGUUCAUUCUAUAAGUAUAAAGAAGAAAAUAAAAUGUUAUUGGAUCAUUGAGUAUGAAAUUUGACUAAUUUUUUUGACAAGCAAAUUUAAGAUUGAACGAUCGGGGUCGAAUCAUGAUCGGAUUGGGAUCGGGUCGGGAAUCUUUACAAUUUUGUUCGGGUACCCGCAAUUUUGGUACUCGAACUCGCUUUAGGUGAAUCACCAUCAUCCGACUCAACCCGAUCUGGGCUCGGGUUCCCGAAUUUUCGUUCAGUAUGUGUCGUUACAUUUAAUCUGUUUAUGCCAGCUGUCUACAAAUUUGAGGUCAUUGAAGGUAUUAAAUGUAACACCGUUUAUGGCUUCUAUGAGAGUGGAUAUCCACUACAGCAGUGUUUCCCAACCUUUUUUGUGCCGUGCCCCACUUAAGCCUUUCUAAAAUUCUUAUACCCCCUAUGUAACGUAAACAUAAUUUUUAAUAUUCAAAAAUUGAAUUGUUCACUGAAGAAACUUAAAUGGUAGGUUUUACAAAGAAAUCACUAGGAAGUUGUUGAGGAAACACAGUAAGUAAAUUUUGAAAACAUAAAAUGGAGAACCGAAAUUCAAGUACGAAAUAAUUUUAAUGAAAGAUUUUUCUAUAUUAUUUUAAUUAUUAGUAAUUAUGGACGUUUACCCAGCUUGAGUAGCGACUGAGAGUCGCCAUACGAUUAACUUAAACUCUGGACGAGUCCAUCUUCGAAUUGCCCCCCUUAACAAUCAAAUUGCCCCCCUGUGGGGCGUGGACCUCGUGUUGGGAAACGCUGCACUAGAGAGUUAAACUCGCGCAAGAAGCUGUUAAGAACAUUUAUCGUAAGUGGACACUGUGCCUAUCUAGAAUUAUAUUUGAGAAUUUCAAUUUAUAAACACUACAAAUUUAUUAAAUCUUGAAUAGUAAUUAUAUAUGACAUGGAGCGUCAAAGUUUUAACAGUAUCAAUGACACAAAAACAAAUGCUUUUGGUAUUACACCUUCUUAGCUGCCGUUUUGAAUUUGAGUAUUUUCCCGCGCUUCUGUGAAUUUGAAAAGUGGUCCAAGAAUAUGAUAACGAUAACGAUGAAUUCAAUAAUUGAAAUUACUGUAACUUUUAAAAAAUGAAUCUUCAAUUUAAAAAACAGAAGGCUCCGAACAAAUUUGUGCAUCUAAUAUAAUACAUAGAUAUAUGAAUCUUUUCUUUGCCUUUGGAAAAUAAAAUCUAAACAGUAUGAUGACCGAAAUGAAUAAUCUAAAAUAUAUUAGGUUUUAACUAAAAAAACAAUACCGCUUUGCAUGUUACAUUUCUUAUUUAUGUUCAUUGAAUUUACAGACAUAGUAUGACUGAAAAAACUGAGAUACCCUGUAUAUAUCAUCACAAUAAUGUACCCUUGUUGAACACAUAUAAUGUUAGUGUAGAUAUCAAUUGCAAUACGAGAAACGAAUUAACAUGAACGCUGUUGUUGAAUUAAAUCGCGUUGUAAGCAAUGCGCUGAAUGCAUUUUCCGCGACAUUGUUUAAUAAAUGUAGAUUCAAAUAUAGUUUUGUUAAAAGGAACUCUAAAUUGACUAUAGUUGUGAAUAUAUCAUUAACAGUUGCGUAUAUUUUAAAAGAAAACAUAAUAAUAAAAGUAUUUUUUACUUCUGUAACAAAAUGCAGUUUCUAUAGUUUCCUUAUUUUCAGCAUAUUUUGUACAGAGAAUUAUACAAAUUAGGAAUAUAUAAUUUUAUUUUCCACUUUAAUACUUUGCGACAUUUUAAUGGAAAUUUAAUUAUUUGCAAAAUAUUCUGUUAAAAUGUGUUUAGCUAAAAGUAGGUUAACUAAUUAUAAAAUUGUUCCGUGAUGCAAUAUGUAUAUGAAAAACAAUACUGUAUAAAAUAUUGUUUAAUAAGUCUGUAUAUUAAACAGCAAACAAAGUUAUAUGCAUAAUAAUGAGCUAUAAAAUAUUGAAUAACUGAUUGAUUAAAUUUAAAUUAAAUUAUAUUAAAGUAUUACAUAUUUCUUUUACAUAAAAUAAUGAUAAUGAAAUUAUUUAAUUAAUGGAAUAUUAUAGAUUUCAAUUCAAUAUUGCAGUUCUAAAAAUAAAUACUCAUCUAAUGUGUAUUAAUUGUUAAAGAGUACGUAGCAUAUUUAUGUUGUAAAUAAGUUAUAAUAAUCAUAAAUAUGUAGUAUA